ACCUCUAGCCAGGGGCGGACUGACCAUUGGGGAACUCGGGCACUGCCCGAGGGCCUGGGGUCAGUAGGGGGCCCCAUGAGAUGUCCCUGGUACCUUUCAUAGGCUUUUUUGGGUUGUGGGCAAGGACACAGGGGCCCCAUGAUCCCCUAUUGCCCGAGGGCCCCAUGAGUUGUCAGUCCGCCCCUGCCUCCGCCCCUGGUCAGUGCUGCCCAUCAGUGCCGCCUAUCAGUGCCACCUAUCAGUGCCCAUCAGUGCUGCAUCUCAUCAGUGCCCAU